AGACAAACCGAGACAGGACCUUCUCAAAAGUGAAUCAGAGUCCUUCCAGUUCCGAUUCACCAUGAGCUGGAGCUUCUUAACUCGCUUCUUAGAGGAAAUUCAUAACCACUCGACAUUCGUGGGGAAAAUCUGGAUCACGGUCCUCGUGGUGUUUCGGAUUGUUCUCACUGCUGUGGGUGGCGAGUCCAUCUACUAUGACGAGCAGAGCAAGUUUGUGUGUAACACAGGUCAACCUGGAUGCGAGAAUGUGUGCUAUGACGCAUUUUCACCGCUCUCGCAUGUCCGCUUCUGGGUAUUCCAGAUUGUUUUGGUGGCCACGCCUUCUGUGAUGUACCUCGGAUAUGCUGUCAACAAGAUUGCCAAGAUGGAAACAGGCAAAGAGAGUGUCGUAAGCACUUCAGUGAAAUAUUCCCUCUGCAGACGUCAGAACCGAGCUCUGGAGGAAGCUGAAGAAGACCAAGUGGAAGAUCCGAUGAUUUACAAUGUGACUGAAAUGGAAAGCGGAAAUGACAACGUAACUCCAGGUGCAACGGGAGAUGGUAAGAAAGCACGACAUGACGGCCGACAGCGAAUCCAGCGAGACGGACUAAUGAGAGUUUACGUCUUCCAGCUUGUUGCUCGGUCUGCUUUAGAAAUAGCCUUCCUGAUUGGUCAGUAUAUGCUUUAUGGUUUCGCUGUCCCGGCUCAUUACGUGUGCUCGAGAAAACCGUGUCCUCACAUGGUGGAUUGCUUUGUUUCCCGUCCAACGGAGAAGACGGUCUUUUUGUUCAUCAUGUAUGCUGUCACCCUGCUCUGCUUGCUGCUUAAUAUCUUGGAGAUGUUCCAUCUCGGACUGAGAAAAAUGUUCGAUCUCCUGCUGGCCAGACAGCGGCGUCACAGCCCAGACAAUGACCUGACUGUAAGCGAGAAUGAUGGACGAGGAGGAUACAGAGGGUACACGCAUUCCUGGACCUCUCCUUCAGCCACGCCAGACUACAAAAUCGCUGUGAAUCCGGAAACAGUGGUAUUUAUACAAAAGGUGGAGGAGAAGGAGUCACCCAGAGCGCAUCAGCAGCAGUACGGAAGCACAAAAGACAACUUCCUCCCGGUACAGAAAGCAGCAGAAAAGAAUCAAAAGGCAAAGCAACAGCAUGACAAGAGAAAACAACGUGAACAUGAAAGAAACAAGCAAGACAGAAGUAGAAGGGAGCGAGGGAGCAGCCGCAGCAGCAGCAAGUCGAAUAAGAAGAUGCCGUGUGUUUGGAUUUGAGACGCAAUCCAGUGAAAUUUGCUUUAGUACCAAAAGUAAACUAGUAUAAGUACUGAGAGCUUUAGAUUUGAAAGUUUUAGAUUUGAGGUUUAGGUGUUCAGCUUAGUAUCGGUAAACAAUGAUGUCUAUUUUUCAACAUGGACGAGAGCCCAGUAAAUCAGACAACGGCCAAUUCUUAGCGCUGAAAAAUCCCACACCGAUCACUGAGACAUGUGAAAGAAAUGUAGACUGUAGCCAUCUAAAACCACUUGAUUGCACAAUCAAAAUCUUCCUGAAUCUGAA